AGGUCAGACAGAUGGAGGAAGAGAGAGAAAAAGGGAAGGGGUGAAAUUUUUGUUUGUGGAUUUUUUUGCCACAUGGUCAUUAAACCUUGAGGUGUUGUCCCCAAAGUUCAUCGGACACAGAAACAACACGUCUGAAUUACCAAAAGACGUUUAAAAAAAAGAAAGAGAUUUUGGAUCGUUCUUCUAAAAUUGCGAAGAGCAGAUAGAAAUCAUGUGCACUGGAAAAUGCUCCCGAUGCAUUGGGAUAGUGCUGUAUCCCUUAGCAGUCAUCUCUGUCAUUUGCAAUAUCAUGCUCUUUUUCCCUGGCUGGGAUACAGAGUAUGCUAAAGCAGAACGAGAUGGCCUCGGCAACCGUAUAACUGAGGAAGUGAAGUACAUGGGAGGGGUCAUUGGUGGCGGUAUCAUGGUGCUGAUCCCAGCAAUUCACAUUCACCUGACAGGAAAUCAAGGUUGCUGUGCCAACCGCUGCGGGAUGUUCUUGUCUAUUGGGUUUGCUGCAGUUGGGGUGGCAGGGGCACUAUACAGUUUCAUUGUGGCAAUAUUGGGCCUGAUCAAUGGUCCCACAUGUCUUGUUGGUGUAAUUUGGAUGGCACCAUUCAUCAAGAGGGAGGAGAGUUACCUGAACAACCCGAAACUCUGGAGUCUCUGCAUGAAGCCUGACAAUGUAGUGGAGUUCAACCUGGGUCUGUUCUCCAUACUGUUGGUGGCCAGCAGCCUGGAGAUUGUAUUGUGUGCCUUCCAGAUGGUCAACGGACUCUUUGGCUGCCUGUGCGGGACCUGCAGAGACAAAGGGCUGCAGGCAUGAACAAAAACCAACAGUGGAGAGGCUCUGGAAUGAAGUUAUAUAUGGCUUGUUGCUGAUGGACUGGCGUCACCUGCUGGACAGACAGAAGCACCUCCCUUAUAAUCUUUGUAUCUUUGGCAGUUGUUGAUUUUUAAUAAGAUCCAGUGAUGGUAUUUAUUUCAUCCUUGAGGAUUCUUUAUUAUAUGCCAGUUUCACAACAGAGAUUUCUUAUUUUGAUUUAUUUUUGUUGCUAUUUUUAUAUCUAAGACUUUUCAGAUACAUACAUGAAUAUAAUACACUGCCAUAAAUUAUAUGUAUGGACAUUUUGGAAAAUGUAAAUUAUAUUUCACAGAAAUACUUUUUUUUUUUUUUUUUUUUUUAACUUGCCAUCUCUCAAAACAUUAGAAAAUAAUUAAACAAAUCAUUAAAUAAAACAGAUUUUCUACACAUAACCUCCUGAUCACCAAGGCACCAGAGGUUCCAGUGUGAUGGCCCAGAUGUUCUAAAUAAUACAAAUGACUUGUAAUUUCUGUGGAGUUUCAAAACUAUAAGUGUAACGAUUAUGCAUUAUAAUAGUCACAUUCCGAGCUGCUAUACAAUUAACAAUGCCCUAACAUAGAUAUCACACAAAUAAUUAUUGAGAAUAUUUUUUGGACCAUAGAAAUAGCCACAGUAAUAACAAUGCAUCAAAUAAUAUGUAGCAUGUAUGCGAGUAGGUUUCACUGUAUAAAUAUUUGAAAGAAUCAAUAUUUCUCAUAGUCCACAAAACUAAUAUUUUUAUGCUUUAAUAUUACAUUGAUGUGGAAUGGGCAGAAAUUGAAGAGUUGAAUCAACAUUGAUAAGAGUAGACUUUACUCCUGAUGGACUCAACAAGGAAAAGGGUAAUUUGUAAUUACUUGAAAGUCAUUCAAGAGGAAAGCGAAUGCUCCAAGAUGUGUACUAGGAGACGUACUCCAGUCUGACAGUACACAUUAUCCUUCCAUCUGAACUGAUCAGAUGGACUGAUAAUGGAUUUUUGUAAAUGUCAGUCUUUAUGAAUGCUAGUAAUACGACAAUUCUGAUAUUUUUGUAAGCACAGACAUACGGAAAAAAGAAACAAACAAUGCAAGUUUGUAACAAACUUUGUUAUUUUUGUGAAGUUUUCCAAGAAAUUAUCAUUCCAGUAAAGUACCUGAACUUCAUGCUUUGAGCAAAUGUUUUGCAAACUAGACUAGUAAUAAACCAAUAUAAUUUUUUCACAAAA